AUGACCAAGAUAUUUGUGUUGCUACUGUGUCUGAUCUUUGCAGCUUCUGGCUUUGUCAAUUGCUCUGUUGUUGAGAGGGAAAAGAUAAGAAUAUUUCAGCUCAAGAAAGGUCAUCUUUCUUUGAAGGUCACUAACUGGGGUGCAUCAAUCUUGUCCCUUCUGCUUCCUGAUAGAAAUGGAAAGUUGGGUGAUGUUGUACUCGGAUACGAUUCUGUUAAGGAUUACACGAAUGAUUCAACGUACUUCGGUGCUACUGUUGGCCGCGUUGCUAACAGAAUUGGAGGGGCUCAGUUUACUCUAAAUGGAACCCAUUACAAAUUAGUUGCUAAUGAAGGGAACAACACACUUCAUGGUGGAGCCAGAGGAUUUAGUGACGUUCUUUGGAAAGUGGAAAGGUAUCAAAACGAAGGUCCAAAUCCUAGUAUCACUUUCAGUUACCAUAGUGUUGAUGGUGAAGAAGGAUUUCCUGGUGAUGUGAUAGUAACUGUGAGCUACAUUCUAACUGGGAAAAAUCAGUUGGUUAUACUCAUGAAAGGAAAAGCUCUAAACAAGCCAACUCCAGUGAACUUGGCCAACCAUGCUUACUGGAACCUAGGAGGCCAUAACAGUGGCAACAUUCUGAAUGAGGUUGUACAGAUCUUUGGUUCACAAAUCACAGUUGUUGACAGCAAACUCAUUCCUACAGGCAAAUUUGCUUCUGUGAAAGGAACAGCUUAUGAUUUCCUUAAGCCACAAAUAAUUGGAAGCAGGAUCAACCAGCUGGCUGAAACCAAAGGUUAUGACAUCAAUUAUGUGUUGGAUGGUGAGAAGGGCAAAAAGACCAAAUUAGCAGCUAUAGUGCAAGAUAAGAAAUCUGGAAGAGUGUUGGAGCUGUACACAAAUGCUCCUGGUUUGCAGUUUUACACUGGUAACUAUGUCAAGGAUUUAAAGGGGAAAGGUGGAUAUGUGUACAAUUCUCAUGCAGGACUAUGUUUGGAGACUCAAGCCUUCCCUGAUUCAGUGAAUCAUCCUAAUUUCCCUUCAACAAUUGUAACCCCAAGAAAGCCCUACAAGCAUUAUAUGUUUUUCAAAUUUUCCACCAAAACUCAGUAUUAA